GUCAAUGUCAGUACACUUUAACUCGGCAGCCAGCGUUGAGGCUCUCGCACGUGAGAUGCCAGAUGCUGCGAGUUAAAUAAUCCCUUACCUUUGAAGCCACGCGGACUAUUGUGGCGAGAACGUUGAUUGAAGUUUGGCUCCUCGGGAUAACCUGGUUCGGUGUUGGUGUUGGGGACCUUGAUAAUGGUCAAGUAGGUCGAGGAGCUCUGGAGCCGAAGACGUCGAACCACGGGAUAACCAGACCAAUUCUGUAGGUUUGGCAAGAGCGAACAGCAAUGUAACACCACUUCACACUACUUCGGGCCCAAAUAGCUGCAGAAGGCAGUCUCGAGUGUCGCCAAUGCCGAGUUGGGAGCAGAACAGUGAUAUCGCCUACUUCCUGCAGGAGACAGGUUGCCAAGCUAAGCCACCAAAAGAGUUUCUGGGUGUUAGAGAUCCUUCAAAAUGGGCGGGUAGACAGCCAACAGAUUCCCUCGAGCACGAUGCGCAAGCUGCUGAUCGUCCUGGCCUGCUCGCGGCCCGCCCUAACGGGAAGGAACGAACGGAAGCUGGAUGA